AACGGAAAGAAAAGCGUAAUCCUCGACAUCACAGUCAACCAAUGGGACCAAAUCACUGCGACACGAACUGGAAACAAUCAGCAUCGGAUCGCACAGAGGAGGAGGAUAAGAAGCAACUGCAGGAGGAGGAGCAGAAGCAGCAGCAGCAGCACCACCACCACCAGCAGCAGCAGCAGGAGCAGUACGUGGAGGCGACGGCAACGGUGCAGCAGCGGCGGCCAUCAUAGGAGCAGCAACGUCGGCAGCAGCUGCCCAGGGCCUCUCGAGGAUGUCCAGCCGGAAGCCAGGCGGUGGUGCUGGUGGUGCUGCCACUGCCACGGCCACCCUGGAGGACAAUGCCAGCGUGGAGAAUCCGGCCAGCAGCGAGGAGUCCUCAACGGGCGUCGGCGAAGAGGUAGCCAUCAGCCCAAGCGCCAAGCCAUCAUCAUCGCCCACUCCAACGCAUGUGGAGGCAGCAGCGACAGGUGAUGCUGAAGUGAACAAAGAUCAGGAUGCCAAGGAUACCAAGGAUGCCAAGGAAUCCUCCCCGGCACCCAAGACCCUCACAGCCACCAUCAGUAGCACCACAACAACCAGACGCACGCCCACGCCCACUCUAACGCCCACCAGUGAUGGUGUGGCAAUCAAGAGCGUGCGCAUCACCCGGCACUCGUCGCCCCUACUGCUACUCAGCUCUCCCACGACUUCGCGUCGUGAGGUCAGCGGCAGCGAUGCAGCAGGAGCGACAUUGGACGGCGAGGAGUCAUCAACACAGGGAGGCCAGACGAAGAGCUCUGUGGAGCGUUCGCUGGCACCCGUCAUACGCGGACGCAAGUCUAUCAAGGAUCUGAAAGAAGCCAAAGAAGUCAAGUCCGAGGAGGCGACAGCAGAGCUGCCACUCAAAGAGGAGCCACUCGCCGAGGGCAGCGAAUCCCACGAGUCCAAGCCAGCCACGGACGAAAAAGACCACAAAGACAUAAAAGACAAGGAUAAGGAAAAGGAGGAGAAGGAGAAGGAGAAGGAGAAAGAGAAGGAAAAGGAGAAGGAGCCAGUGACGCCCACCACAUGCAACCGUGUCACACGAAAGUCGCAUGCUCAGGAACAGGCAAACAACACCCGCAUCACUCGCAACCGUCGUCAAUCCUCCACAGUUGGCGCCAUCACCUCAGGCGUUUUCUCCUCCGCCGCAACAGAGCAGCCACCGCCGCAACUGCCUGCCCGCGGACGUCGUAAGAGGCCAGUGGCUGCUGUGGUGCCAGCAACGAAGCGGAAGCGAUCCGAGGAUGCUGAUUCCGUCGUUGAUCCGGAAGCCAGCAAUUCUGCCAAGUACAGCAAAGUGGUGGUUGUGGUCAAGACAGAGGACAUAGGAGAUGCAGAUGAGGAUGCAGCCGGUGUACUGGCUGGAGCCAUCAAGCAGGAGCCUAUGGACGCAACCGAGGUCGGUUCUAUACCAUCACCAGCAGUCACACCAACCCCAACACCCGCACCAGCACCGGCCCCAUCCGGCCGGCGAGGACGGGGUCGCCCGCAGAACAGAAACUCCACAUCGCCGGCAACGCCAACGGCGGCCACCACGCGAGCCACGCGAUUAAGCAAGGCCGGUUCGCCGGGUAUUGUGGCGCAGGAACCGGCGCCACCAAAACGACGACGCGUGGGCUCCAGCACACGGAAGACUGCCUCGGCCAGUUCGCUGGCACCCAGCUCGCAGGGCGGCGCCGGGGACGAGGACUCCAAGGAUAGCAUGGCCUCGUCCAUGGACGACCUGCUGCUGGCCGCCGCUGACAUCAAGCAGGAGAAGCUGACGCCGGACUUUGACGAGAGUUUGCUAACAGAGAGCCUACCCUCCACAUCGGCUGCCUCAAUUGCCUCGAUUUCCUCGGCCAAUGGUCAUUCCUCCUCCUGCAUCGAGCCGCUCACCGUGGACACGGAGAGUACCAGCAACACCAGCAUUAACAAGCCAACUGACUCCACGGCGGCGUCGGAAACGAAAGUCAAGAAGUCGCCAACGUCAGAAUCAUCAGCAGCUGCAGCAGCAGCUGGAGCAUCAUCAAAUGAAUCCCCAUCACCAUCAAAGCCAGCCGCAGCAGCGGGGAAGGCGCCAUCGCUAAGUCCGGAGAUGAUCAGCGAGGGUGUGAGCGCUGUUAGCGUUCGAAAGUUUUACAAGAAACCCGAGUUUCUGGAGAACAACCUGGGCAUCGAGAAGGAUCCGGAGCUUGGCGAAAUUGUGCAGACUGUCAGCGGCAGCAGCAGUAGCAGCAAUGCUGUGGAAGCGGAAACGGACGUUGAAACUGCUCCAUGUGACGGAGACGUAGCUAUGACCACGCCAGCUGAGUUGCCAUCCCCUCAGCCGGAAACUGAAGUGGAGGCGGAAAAGUCCAGCAAUGAGGAAUCAGUAGAACAGAAAGCGCAGGAAACGGAAGCGGAAGCGGAUGAAGCUGUGCCUGAACCUACCACGGAUGAUGUUACUGCUGAGAUUACUCAGGAAGAAGAGAUUGAAGGUGAACUGGAGGUCUCCUCUCAUUCGAAUACCUCGCUGAAAGCAGGGCAACUUCGUCUGGAUGAUAGCACUGAAGGUGGCGGCGAUGAGGUGCUCCUGGAAAACGAAGAAGAAGGCAACGGCGGCCUCUUAGUCAACGGUGACGAAGCACCAGCUGAUGAAUCGGUGGAAAAGCUUGUUCAGCUGGAGGAUCAGGAGGAACCGGAGACACAACGAAAGCCCGAGGACUACGAUGAUUUCGAAAACGAGAUAAUGGAGGAAUUGGCCAAGGAGGGUGUCCUCGACGCCAGUGGCAAUGCCCUAAGCCAGCAGGUGGCCUCCGCCUCGGAUGUCACUCUAGCUGAAGCUAAAAGCGAUGGCAGCGAUCCGUCGCCCGUGGACGAAAUGGUGGCCAUGGAGGUGGAUGAAUCCUAUAUCGAUAUGAAGCAGCAGGCGGAACAGCUAUUGGCCGAUCACCUUGCCGGUGCGGAUGCCACGGACGCGGAUGAUUGUUGUCCCGAGGAGAACAAGGAGAAUUUGUCCACUUCGCCGGCAGAUGCGGCUAUUGGUGGUGCCGCCGAAGGUCUUGUGGUGGUGGACAUACCACUGACGCUCAAGGAGGAGGACAAAGAGGAGGAGAAACCACUGACGGUGAUGGCUACCGAACAGAAGCAGGAUCUACCGCCCUUUAAGCUGGCGCUGCAGCUGGACCUAGAGAAGGAUGAGAAGGCGAAUGGCAAAAAGGAGGAGGAGUCACUCGACGGCAUCGUCGACGAGCAGCAGCAGCAGCUGCGACGGGAGCAGGAGAUCCAUCUGCACAACCUGGGUCUGUUGACGCAUCAGGCCGCGGAACAGCGGCGCCAGGAUCUCCAGGAGGCGCAUACGCGCCAGGCGCAGCUGCAUCAGAAGCAGCAGCAACACUACCACCAGCAUGGUCAUCAGCAUCUUCACCAUCAUCAGCAGCACAAGCGGCAGGGAGCGAGGGGAGGAGGAGGUGGACCCAGUGGUGGCAGUAGUGCCACCCAUGUUGAAUCCAGUGGCACCCUCAAAACAGUGAUCAAGCUAAAUAGGAGCAGUAACGGCGGAAUGGGCGGCAGCGGUGGCCUACCCACAGGAACCGUCAUCCAUGGUGGCGGCGGCGGUUCCUCCUCCGCCUCGUCUACAUCCUCCUCUUCGGUGGGCAGUGCCACGCGUAAAUCAAGCGGCGUUUUGGGCUCCGGAGCAGGAGCUGGAGCGGGUGCAGUGGCCGGCGUACGCCGCCAAUCGCUCAAAAUGACAUUCCAAAAAGGUCGGGCUCGUGGUCAUGGUGCCGCCGACCGAUCCGCCGAUCAGCAUGGCGCCCAUGCCGAGGACUCGUACUAUACCAUACAGAACGAGAACGAAGGUGCGACCAAGUCCAGUGUAACAACGGGUAAUCCCGGCCGCAAGACCAAUAACCGUUUCAGUUCAACUAACAACCACCACUCAGCGGUAGCCUCCACGCACGGUAACCACAGCCACUCAGCGGUCCAGUACAAUUCAUCGCAUUCGGAGGGCCAGGGACAGACGGAGCAUGGCUUCUAUCAGAUGGUUAAGAAGGACGAGAAGGAGAAGAUCCUCAUACCGGAGAAGGCCUCAUCGUUCAAGUUCCAUCCGGGAAGGCUGUGCGAGGAUCAGUGCUAUUAUUGCAGCGGCAAGUUCGGACUCUACGACACGCCCUGCCAUGUGGGACAGAUCAAGUCUGUGGAGCGCCAGCAGAAGAUUCUAGCCAAUGAGGAGAAGCUGACGGUGGACAACUGCCUGUGCGAUGCCUGCUUUCGGCAUGUGGAUCGUCGAGCCAAUGCACCCUCCUACAAGAAGCGUCUCUCGGCUCCGGGUCACCUGGAAACGGGCGUUGGCAAUGCUGCGAUGGAAAAACACUUUGCCGGCGAACACGGUGUCAUUCCAGAAGGAGCGGGUGAUGCGAUGGGAACGGGUGCAGGAGCAGGAACGAGCGGAGGUGGACAGCAUCGUGCCUGCGCUGUCAAGGAUUGUGUCGAGGGAGCGGGACACUCGCUGCGACGCAAAUUCAUACGGAAGAGCUUGAAGAAGUUCCAGCUUAACCUGGAGAUACCCGCCGGCACCUCGAACGUUUGGCUAUGCGAGGUGCACUACAACACGGUUAUCCAGUUCUCCGGCUGCGUCCUUUGCAAGCGGCGAUUGGGCAGGAACCAUAUGUACAACAUAACCACGCAGGACACGGAUCGGCUGGAGAAGGCCCUGGCCGAGAUGGGCAUUCCAGUGCAGCUGGGCAUGGGCACCGCCGUCUGCAAGCUGUGCCGCUACUUUGCCAAUCUGCUAAUGAAGCCGCCGGACAGCACCAAAUCCCAAAAGGCUGAGUUUGUCAAGAACUACAGGAAGAGGCUCCUCAAAGUGCACAAUCUGCAGGAUGGCAGUCAUGAGGUGUCCGAGGCAGACGAGGAGGAGGCACCCAGUGCCGCUGAAGCGGAAAGAGGAGGACCAGCCGGCGGACAUGAGGAUACCGAGUUACCCAUGGUAGUGGACGACGACGGACACACCGAUUCAAACUCGAGCAGCUCCUCAAUGACGCCGUUAGACAGCAGUAAGCAGAUGUCCAAGCUGCAGGCCAUCCUCCAGCAGAAUCUGGGAACAGGGGAUGCAACAACGACAGGCUUAGCGACAGCAGACUCGGCAGCUGGAAGCGGCGGAGGAGGAGGAGGAGGAGCAAGUGGAAGUGGAACUGGAUCUGGAGCAGACAUUUCAAAUGUACUGCGCGGCAAUCCAAACAUCUCCAUGCGUGAACUCUUUCACGGCGAGGAGGAGCUGGGCGUGCAGUUCAAGGUGCCGUUCGGUUGCAGCAGCAGCCAACGCACACCCGAGGGCUGGACGCGAGUGCAGACCUUCCUGCAGUAUGACGAGCCGACGCGGCGCCUCUGGGAGGAGCUGCAGAAGCCGUAUGGCAACCAGAGCUCUUUUCUCCGUCACCUGAUACUGCUGGAGAAGUACUAUCGCAACGGGGAUCUCGUCCUGGCCGCCCAUGCCUCAUCUAAUGCCACCGUUUACACGGAAACAGUGCGCCAGCGUCUCAACUCUUUCGAUCAUGGCCAUUGCGGUGGAUUGGGCAACAUGUCAAGCUCUGGAACGGGCUCCACCUCUGCCUCUGCCUCUGCCUCUAGUUCCAGCAAGCGUAGCGGGAUACCGCAACCGACUAGCGGCAGUGUCCUGGCCACUGCACUCACCACGCCCUAUGCAACGUCCUCGGCGGCCGCGGCCGCGGCAGCAGCAGCGGCGGCCAGUUCAGCGGAUCAGCCAUUGUCCACGGAUCCGGUAAUACCGCUGGUGGAACUCAACGACGACGAUGAGGAUGAUGAGGACGGCGUUGGUGGCGAGGAUGGAAGUGCAGCACCGACAGGUCUGGAGGAUAGCGAAACGGAGGCAGUGACGCCCCUGGAUCGCCUUAGGGCAGUCUCCGUGGAUAAGUUGACCAAGCAGCUUAGCUCCAAUGCGGUCACGAUUAUAGCUCGGCCCAAGGACAAGUCCCUGCUGGCCUCGAGCAAUGCCACAACAUCCUCAACGACCUCUAGCUCCAGCUCUAGCUCGUCAGCCGCUGCAUCCCCGCCAGAGGAGGAAGUGAUAGCCAAGGCUACCGUUACCGUUAACACAGCAGCAGCAGCUGCAGCAGCGCCCGCCCAGUCCAAGGAUGCACCGCCCCUGGUGCUGGUCGGUGGCAACAGUCGCAGCAUCCUCAAGUCCAAUCUCCUGGGCAUGAACAAGGCGGCCGUGGAGAUUGUGCCGCUGUCCUCGCAGGGAGUGAAUGCUGGCAGCGGUGCUAGCGCUGCCUCCCAGAAGGUAUCCAGUGUGGCCCAGCUGCUCAGCUCGCCGCCUGAGCUGAUCAGCUUGCAGCGGCGUCGAACGAGCGGAGCUGCUGCAGGAGCCUCCACAUCGAACAGCCUGCUGGGCAAUCUGCAUGGCAAGAGGCUACAACUACCACGAAUACCGGUCGGUGCUGCGACCGGAGAAGGAGCAGGAGCCGUGCCGCCACCCAAUGCGGCCAAGCUGUCGAACACACUGACCUCCUCCACCUUCAAUGCUAUGAGCGAAGAAGACAGAAAGACGUAUGCAAUGUACUGUCAGGGGCAGGAUAGGUUGAAGACCGUCUACUUCGACCUGAAGCAGUUAAAGAAGCAAAUGAAUUCAGCGAAUGACAGCGAUUCUAUACAGUCGGAGCUGACACGCCUGCAGACACAGGUGGACCAUGUGAAAGUCAGGAGGCCACAACGGAUACCGGGCGGCUCUGUGGCUGGAGCUGGAACGAGUGCCGGGACAAGUGGCGGAGGUCGUGGCACCGGUGGAGUUGGUGCGACAGCAGAAGCAACACCGCCACCCAAUGUGGUCAAGCUGCCGGACACACUGACGCCGCAGGAGCGUCACGAGAGCAAGAACUGGAAGCCCACGCUGAUACCGCUGGAGGAUCAGGUGCCAAAUAAAUCGCAUGCCCUCUACCAGACCGCCGACGGUCGGCGACUGCCCGCCCUGGUGCAGGUGCAGUCCGGCGGUAAGCCAUACCUCAUCUCCAUCUUCGAUUACAACCGCAUGUGCAUUCUGCGCCGCGAGAAGCUCCUGCGAGAUCAGAUGCUGAAGGCCAACGCCAAGCAGAAGCCGUCCGAUCAACAGCACGCUCAGACGCAGCAGCAGCAACAGCAGCAGCAACAACAACAACAGCAACAAGGUAAUCCCUCAGCUGAGGCGAACUUCUCCAGAAUGGUGAAGGUGGCCCGGCAUCUGGCGGCGCGUGGAGUGAUCCAGCAAUUGCAACAGAGGCAGCAGCAGCAGCAACAACAUCAGCAACAACAUUUGCCCACCCUGCAGCCAGGAGGAGUGGCAGCGACAGGUGGAGAAGCUAGUAGACCGCCAGUACGACUGGCCAGGAUUGCGCCAAAGCCGAUGCCACCGCUAACCAACCCGCAGAUAGGCAGCCAGGCGCCGCUGGACAAUAGCAACAAUUCCUGGCUUUGGAAGAACUUUCCGGAUCCCAAUCAAUAUCUGCUAAAUGGAAACGGCGGCGGCGUUGGCUCUGCCGGAAAUUCCGCUAGCAAAUUGCCACAUCUCACGGCCAAACCGGCCACGGCGACGAGCAGCGGUGGAGGAGGAGGAGGAGCAGCUGGUGGGGGCAACAACAUCCACAAGAGUGGCAGCGGUGGCCUUUACCCCAUCAAGCUGCAUCAAUUGCAACAUUCACAGCAGCACCAGCAGAAGCUCAUCGAUAAUGCCAUCAUGUCGAAGAUACCCAAGAGUCUCACCGUAAUCCCCCAGGGAGGAGCAGGAGGAGGAGGCGGUAGCAGUGGCAGCAACACCUUGGGCGAAUUGGGCGGCGGUGGCACUUCCGGCAAGGACUGAUGACGGCGAAAGCAAUGGCCACCAAUGGUGGGCACCAGACGGAGCAGCAGGAUUAACCAGCAGCUAAACGGCAUACGGUGACCCAUCGAUGGCGGCGAUGGAUGAUAUCUCAAAACUCCAUAGCAGGACCAUAGUUUGUUCGGUGGCUGCUGAAGUAGGCUAAGUGAUAGACGACGACUACGACGACGAUGACGAUGACCAAACCACGACAGAUGAGAGAAUCAAGAUAAUUUCUAAGGUUACAUAACGUUGUUUGUGUAUAAAAGAGAGAGAGAGAGAGGAGGCAGCGAAUACGAUUAUCCUUUAAGUGAGAGAAACUAAAUGGGCAAGCGGAAGCGGAAACGGAUAUGGAUACAGAUACGGAUACGGAUACGGAUAGCUAGAGUUAGCGAUACACAAUUAUACUCUACUUUAUUAUUGUAGAUCAUUAUACUAUAUAUUUUUUUAUUAGAUUUACGGGCAUAUUCACUUGCGAUUCGUGUAUUAUAGAUACCAAAAUUGCUAGAGCUAAAAAUGGUUUAUAGUUUUGUAAGAAACGACACGACACGAGACACACACACCAUACCAUACCAUACCAUACCAUACACACACCAUUCACACUGGUCGACACUUUAAAUUUAAAUAUAUAAAAGCAGCACAAAUUAAUUGUGGCCAAAAACAAAGUUGAGCUGAGAUGCCAGGAUCACACACCUAGCAGCUAGAAAUCCAAUCCUGCGCCUAGAUUACGAUUUGUAUAUGUAGACUCUUUAAUUUAUAAACAUUUAUAUAUCUCCUGCAUCCUGCAUCUAUACACAC